CUUCAGUACGAAACAAACUCAUUACCAAAAGUAGCUGUUCCAGAAGCGGGCUUUCUGUAGUCAUUUUACCGAAAUAUCAAUUUGUUCAUUUAUUAAUCGUUGUUGUGUCGAGUUGUUGCUAAACUUAAACCGUUCCUAAUCGAAAAUGGAUGGAUUUGACGAUGUUGGAGUGUUUUUCUCCGAUAACUUCGGCGACGAUGGCCAGCAGCAGCAGCAGGGUUCGAACCAGAUAAAUAUGCAGCAGAUGAAGAAAAAAUACCGGGAGUUUAUUCGCACCUUCUGUGAGGCCAACUUUAGUUACAAAUAUCGUGAUACAUUGAAACGAAACUAUUUGCUUGGACGAUACUAUCUCGAGGUGGAAAUCGAAGAUUUAUCCGGAUUCGAUGAAACGCUGGCGGAUAAACUGUACAAACAGCCGACUGAGCAUCUGCAGAUUUUCGAGGAAGCAGCUCGCGAAGUGGCUGAUGAAAUUACCGCCCCAAGACCCGAAGGGGAAGAACAUAUGCAUGACAUCCAGGUGCUGCUCACAUCCGGGGCUAAUCCAACCAACAUUAGGGACCUGAAGUCGGAGUCGGUUUCAAAACUGGUUAAAGUAGCUGGUAUAAUCAUCUCUGCCUCCGGUAUUAAGGCUAAAGCGACCAGGAUUUCGAUUCAGUGUCGCUCAUGCAGCAACGUCAUCCCAAAUUUACCAGUUAAUCCUGGCUUGGAAGGUUACCAGCUGCCAAGAAAGUGCACCACAGAGCAGGCCGGGCGGCCCAAGUGUCCAAUAGAUCCGUAUUUUGUAAUGCCGGAUAAAUGUCGAUGCGUUGAUUUCCAGGUGCUAAAACUGCAAGAACUGCCAGAUUUCAUUCCGCAGGGUGAAAUCCCCAGACACAUGCAGCUGUUCUGUGAGCGUAGCCUUUGUGAACGUGUUGUACCGGGAAAUCGCGUGUUGAUCCAUGGUAUUUUCUCGAUUCGAAAGCUGGGUAAACCUAGUAAACAGGAUGGUCGGGAGAAGGCCAUCGUUGGUGUACGUGCACCCUAUAUGCGCGUUGUUGGUAUUACUGUCGAUACCGAAGGGGUUGGGGCCAUUUCGCGGUUCAAUAACAUCACUACAGAGGAGGAAUCGACGUUCCGUAAGAUGGCGGCAAGUCCGAAUAUUUACGAUAGCCUGUCGGCCAGUUUGGCACCCAGCAUUUUCGGCUCGCAAGAUAUUAAGAAAGCCAUCGUGUGCAUGCUUUUCGGUGGAUCCAGAAAGCGAAUGCCUGAUGGAUUGAACCGUCGAGGGGAUAUUAACAUUUUGCUGUUGGGAGAUCCAGGUACUGCUAAGUCUCAGUUGUUGAAAUUUGUGGAAAAGGUUGCCCCGAUUGCGGUUUACACGUCAGGAAAGGGUUCCAGUGCGGCUGGUUUGACGGCUUCGGUUAUGCGUGACCCAGCCACUAGAAAUUUUGUCAUGGAAGGAGGAGCUAUGGUUUUGGCUGACGGAGGAGUUGUUUGCAUUGACGAAUUCGAUAAAAUGAAAGAGGACGAUCGUGUGGCCAUUCACGAAGCCAUGGAGCAGCAAACCAUCUCCAUAGCAAAGGCUGGAAUUACAACUACCUUGAACUCACGUUGUUCCGUUCUUGCAGCUGCGAAUUCUAUUUUUGGCCGCUGGGAUGACACGAAGGGUGAAGAGAACAUUGAUUUUAUGCCGACAAUUUUGUCCCGUUUCGAUAUGAUUUUCAUCGUAAAAGACGUGCAUGAUCAGGCACGGGAUAUUACGCUGGCCAAACACGUUAUGAAUGUGCACAUGAACGCGAACAAAGCGUUGGAGGUACAGGAAGGGGAAAUCCCGUUGGCUGUCUUCAAGAAGUAUGUCAAUUAUUGCCGAACCCACUGUGGGCCACGUUUAAACGAGGAAGCGGCUGAAAAAUUAAAAUCGCGCUAUGUUUUGAUGCGUAGCGGAGCCGGCGAACAGGAACGUAUGUCGGACAAAAGAUUAUCCAUUCCGAUCACCGUCCGUCAGCUGGAGGCAAUCAUUCGAAUGUCCGAGUCGCUAGCAAAAAUGCAGCUGCAGCCAUUUGCCACCGAUGCUCACGUCACGGAAGCUCUCCGAUUGUUCCAGGUGUCCACACUGGAUGCGGCCAUGUCCGGUUCGCUGGCUGGUGCGGAAGGUUUUACCACCGAGGAGGACACGGAAAUGUUAAAUCGCAUUGAGAAACAGCUGAAGCGGCGUUUCGCUAUCGGUUCCCAGGUUUCGGAGCAGAAUAUCAUACAGGACUUCGCCCGUCAGAAGUACCCGGAACGGGCCGUCCUCAAGGUGAUCCACACUAUGAUCCGUCGGGGCGAACUGCAGCACCGGAUGCAACGUAAGAUGCUCUACCGGUUAUCGUAGGACAGGAAAGAGUUUCAGUGCUUCUAAUAUUUUUAGUUUUUUUUGUGCAUGAUUGUACGAUUCACAUUUUGGCAAGAGUAGUGCUUGCCUCUUUGAAUAAAUUUUUGACCCAA